UUCUUUGUUGUGUAAAGUGUUAUGCAACUAAACAUACAAAUAAUUUAUUUUUAAAAAAAAUUAGGUUAGAAAUUUUGUAAAGAUAUUUAUAAUUUAUUUGAUAUAAUAUCAUAAAACCUAAAAAUAAUUCAUAAAGUAAAUAACUUUCAGACAUAAAUUAUCGAAUACAUACCUUAUUUUUUAUAUCAAAAUAACAAACAAUAACCGGCUGGAUUUUGAAAAAUGUCAUAACAAAUUUGUCAUAAAAAAUUCUUUGGCUUUUCUUCCAAAUUUCUGUGAUAUAAUCGUAAAAAAAAUAUGAUUUCUUUUAAGAAUAGACUAUUUUUACAUCUAGGAAUAAAUUUGACUAAAAAUUUUUGUACAAAAGCUGCUAGAAAUAAGGUAAAAUGCGAUUUAAGUAGCAAGAAAACGUUAGGACAACCGACACAGUACACUCAUCCACAUUUAAUAGGGGAAAACGAGGUGACUCCUUUAAUCAAAAAAGAAGAAUAUCAAAAUCGUAGACAAAAAUUAGUAGAGUCGAUAUCCGAGUACGCCCUUAAAUGUAAUGCUCCGUCAAAGAGUCAUAUGAUAAUAAUCCCGUCGGCAAAUAAACAGUUUAUGUCUGAUAAAAUACCUUAUAUAUUUCGCCAAAAUUCAGACUUUCUCUAUCUAACUGGCUGCCAAGAACCUAAUACUUGUGUUGUAAUAACUACAUCAAAAAGUCCAAGCGGUCACAGAACCACCCUCUUUACAAGGGACAAAGAUAGCCAUGCAGAACUUUGGGAUGGGCCUAGGACUCAUCCAGAGGACGCACCUGACUUUUUUGGAGUGGAUCAGAGCUUACCCAUUAGUGAACUACCUAAUUUUAUAAACUCAUUUAGAAAAUCUAGCUCUGUGGUCAAUUUGUGGUAUGAUCUUGAAUCAAAUGUCAGUACUGAGACAUCGAAUAUAGUGAGAGAUUAUUUGAAGGAAUGUGGUAAUAAACAUUUUGAAUCGCCUAGAAAUUUUAUACACAAGCUAAGGUUGUAUAAAAGCACAGCUGAAAUAGCUUUAAUGCAAAAAUCCUGUGACAUUGCUUCAAAAGCUAUAGCAGAAACCAUGGAAUACUCUAGACCGGGAAUAGGAGAAAAUCAGUUAUUUGCAAAAGUCGAUUACGAAUGUAGAGCUAGAGGUGCUGAAUUUUUAGCAUACCCUCCAGUAGUAGCUGGAGGAAGCAGAGCUACCAUAAUACAUUACAUAAACAACAAUCAGUUAGUGUACGGAAAUGAAAUGGUUCUUAUGGAUGCUGGUUGUGAAUAUCAUGGAUAUGCCAGUGAUAUAACGAGAACUUGGCCUGUAAAUGGAAAGUUUACAAAUUGUCAGAAAGAGAUUUAUCAGAUAGUGUUAGAAGUACAAAAAGAACUGAUUAAUUUAUGUAGUAAAUUGCCAACUCUAGAUAUGCUUUUCGAGUGUAUGUGUUUAUUGCUUGGUAGGAAACUGCAAGAAAUUGGACUUGUAGGUGUUCAGCCUUCAGAUAGUUAUAUAAUGAAGGCUGCUUAUCAGCUGUGUCCUCAUCACGUAUCUCAUUAUUUGGGCAUGGACGUACAUGACACUUCAUCAAUAAGCAGAAACAUUAAAAUCGAACCUGGUAUGGUCAUAACUAUCGAACCAGGAAUUUAUAUUAGUGAAAAAUCAAAAAUACCUAAAGACUACCAUGGUAUAGGAGUUAGAAUAGAAGAUGACAUUUUGAUUACAGUCAACGGCCCUGUUGUAUUAAGCAGAAGGUGUCCCAAAGAAAUUGAUGAUAUUGAAGCAAUUGCAAGUAGAGGUGCAAAAAAUUAAGGCUGAUAUUGUGUCAAUGUGUAUAUAAGAGUGUUAGUUUAAAUUUGGUUUUAUAAUAUUCUUUUGUAUAUCAAGAAAUCUAAAAACAAUUAAAAAAUAACGUUUCUAUUUUAUAUUAGUCUACUGAUUUUUAUUAUAUGUACAUAUCGUUAUAGUUAUUAUAUUUGUUGACUAAAUUGUAACAUGUUGGGAAUUGUAAUAAAAGUAAACAUACCAAAAA